ACUAAAGCUGUGCCAACACAGAGCUGGCCUUUGAUUUUUCCCUGCCAAGUACUCAUGUUUUCAUGUCUUACCUUCAACAGUGUCCUGCUGCUGCUGCACCUACUACUUGCAAGGUCUUUGGAAGCUGUGUAUAAAGUUGAAGUCGGUAAGAAUGCCUAUCUGCCCUGCAACUACACUCUACCUCCUUCUGGGACACCUGUGCCUGUGUGCUGGGGCCAGGGACCCUGUCCUUUGUUACAAUGUGCCAAUGGAGUGCUCAGCACCAAUGAAAAAAAGGUGACAUAUAAGAAAUCCAAAAGAUACCGGCUAACGGGGAAAUUCUACAAAGGAGAUGUGUCCUUGACCAUAGAGAAUGUGACUUUAGCUGACAGUGGGACCUACUGCUGCAGGGUACAAUUUCCUGGUCUAUGGAAUGAUGUAAAAUUGAACCUGGAACUGGACAUCAUCAAACCAGCCAAGAUCACACCGGCUGGGAUUGCCCGUGGAGUCUCUGCUACAGCUUCUCCAAGAGUGCUAACCACGGAGUUAAAUGGCUCAGAGACACAGACUCUGGGGACCCUCGUUGAUAAAAAUCAAACAAAGAUUUCCACCUUGGCUGAUGAAAUGGAAGACUCUGGAGAAACCAUCAGAACUGCUGUCUACAUUGGAGUGGGAGUCUCUGCUGGGUUGGCCCUGGCACUUAUCUUUGGUAUUUUAGUCCUUAAAUGGUAUUCUUACAAGAAAAAGAAGACACAGAAUUUGAGCCUCAUCACACUGGCCAACUUCCCUCCAGUGGGGCUGACGAACGCAGGAGCAGGCAGGGUUCGGUCAGAGGAAAAUAUCUACACCAUUGAGGAGAACGUCUACGAAAUGGAGAACUCAAACGAAUACUACUGCUAUGUCAGCAGCAGGCAGCCAUCCUGACCACCUCCGCGCUGUCACUUUUAAAGGCUCUCCUUCACUUUUGACUUUGGUAUUUUCCUCUUUGAAAACUAUGAGAUAUGUCACCUGACAAGUUUUGAAGUUUUUGUCCACAGCCCCCAAGGAGAGCGUUCCUGUUUUCUGCGGGUGAUGAGAACCCACAGGGAGAUUCAGCUGUAACCUAUACUACAUUGAAAUGUACCAGUACCUCUGAGUUUCAGGGAUAGGAUCUCCCACCCCAGGAGCUUGCAGUCAUGGAUGUUGAAGCUCAUGUGUGCUUUCAUACACUAGGAAGGCUUAGUAUGAUGUCUCUGGAGCUCUGGGACAUUCAGGUUUGAGGUGUGCUCACAGGGUUCCUGAACAGAUAGGGGGAAUAAUAGGCUAAGAUAGGUAGGUGCAGGCAUUGAUACAGAAAAUCUAAAGAGGCUCUGGCUUUUCCAGAGAUUUCUGACCUUGAAAGAUUAAGAAAGAACCAGGUGUUACGUACCUAUAAUCACAUAACUUGGGAGCUUGAGGCAGGAGGGUGUUGAGCAUGAGAUUUUCUCUCAAACACAAAAGAAAGAAAAAAACCAAAAAACCAACGAAACAUACACACACCAGGAGGCUGGAGAGAUGGCUCAGACACUGAAAUGCUUGAUUCUGAGGAACUUGAAUUUGAUCCCCAGAACCCCCCUGAAAAAGCUAGGCGUGGUAGUGCGUGCUCGAGAGAUGGGGCGGGGUGAAGGCAAAGCAGAUCCCUUGGGCUGGGUUUUCUGUCAGCUUAGCAAAGUUUGAGUUCCAAGUCAGUGAGAGCCUGUGUCUCAAAAUAAGGUGGACUGUGUUUCUAAGGAAUGACAAUGGUGGUUGCCCUGUGGUCUCUGAGCACACAUGCCUAAGUACCUGAGCACAGAAAUGCGCGCGCGCGCGUGCGCGCGCACACACACACACACACACACACACACACACACACACACACACACACACGUGUGCAAUCACACUUGAAAGAAAUGAAGGAAGAAAGGAAGGACCAGAACAGGACUAACAGUGAAGGUCCUCUCUGGGCCUGCUGCCUCUCCACAAUGUUUAUCUUUACAUGACUCUCCUCUGUCUCUCUUAAGACUGCUUCUGCCUGGGAGCAUGGUGGUGCAGACCUGUAGUUAAUUCCAGCACUCAGAAGGUUGAAGCAGGAGAGUUUACAAGCGUCGUGCGCCUCCUUCCUGGACUCUCCUUCACAUAAGAAAAAGGCUGCUCAUGGGCCCGCUGACUAAAAAGAAACCCUUUUCAAAAGAUGAAUCUUGCCUGUUGUGUGCUCAAAAGGAACUGCCUCAGACAACUUCCCCAUUCAAGGAAGGAAACUGGAGUUGUGCUUUUCACAGAAGAAGAACCAGUGACUGGGAUAUGUGAAGGCAGAGGCCUUGCAGCAAUCUACGUAGUCAGCAAAAGAGCCUUUGGUAGAAGGUCAACAAACCUAAUUUCCAAGCUGGUGGAGACCAAUUUCAUCUGGCUGACGGCUGCCUGCCCAGUGCCUUGGUCUGUGUUGGUUCCCAUAUAUAACAGAACCUAAUUAAAUAGAGUGUAAAAAGUUAAACGAGCAGAAUGGUAGCUGUGUUGACAAGCUUUUUGCAUUGGGAAGCUACUGUGUACAUCAGAAGACAUUCAUCAGCAGGGACACAGGUACCUGCCUGUUUGUCCAAAUUUUGUAUGAAUGUUGUUGUUUAGGCUGCCCCUAGCUAGUUGUGGGAGACAUGGGUGGCUUCCUUAGGUGGAUAUGGGCAGGAAACCAUCUGACAAGACCAAUUAGAGGUAACAGCUCUCACGCAGGUGGGAAAAUUAAUUGCAAAUGCUGUAAAGUUAUAGAAGUAUCCUGGGAAAGGACUUUGAACACAUUUAAACCAGAAUAAUGAUUUCCUCUGUUGAGGCUCUUACCUGACAAAGUCUUUAAGCAAGAGCAUAUAUAUAAAGAUGACCGCUUGGCUGGUAUUUGCAGGGGACUUUUUACAUCAAUAGGAGGAUGGUUCAUUACGUGUUAAUAUCGACACUUUAUAUCGAUUGCUAACUUGAAAGGCUCUAAAAUCACCUUGGAGAUGAGUCUCUAGCCAAGUCUGUAAGGCAUUUCCUAGAUUAGAUUGGGGGAGUGGAAGAGCCACUCCAUCUAAACGUGGGUGCGGCCACUCUGUGGGCUGAUGUCCUGAACUGCGUAAGAAGAGAAGGCCAGUUCAGCACCAGCAUCCCUCUCUGCUUCCUCACGGUAGUUACAGUAAGACCAGCACAGCCCUGUUCCUCCUGCCAUGUCUUCUCACCAUGGUGGACCAUAUCCCCUUGACUCAUAAGCCAAAAUAAAACUU